ACUAUAUGUGGAUGGACCUUUUGGAAGUCCCUUUGAGGAAUCCCUGAACUAUGAGGUCAGCCUCUGCGUGGCUGGAGGUAUUGGAGUUACACCAUUUGCAUCAGUACUCAACACACUGCUUGACGGCUGGAAAUGCUACAAGCUCAGAAGACUCUACUUCAUUUGGGUGUGCAGGGACAUUGAAUCUUUCCGCUGGUUUGCAGAUCUGCUCUGUAUGUUGCAUAACAAGCUUUGGCAGGAGAAUCGACCAGACUAUAUAAAUAUCCAGCUGUACCUCAGUCAAACAGAUGGAAUACAGAAAAUAAUUGGUGAAAAGUAUCAAGCUUUAAACUCAAGGCUUUUGAUUGGACGACCCCGGUGGAAACUCCUUUUUGCUGAAAUAGCAAAGUGUAACAGGCGGAAGACCAUUGGAGUUUUCUGUUGUGGACCAAACAAAAUCUCUAAGAUACUUCAUAAACUGAGCAACAGCAGCAACUCUUAUGGGACAAGGUUUGAGUAUAAUAAAGAAUCCUUCAGCUGAAAGUCUGUUGAACUAGCAAGACUCUCUUGAAGAUAAAAGUGCAAUUUUUCGUUUGUACAACUUAAAAGUUCAGCUGUGGUUUAAACAGACAGAAAUACACCAAAGAAUAGUACAGAUUUUCUUAUUUAUGAUUAUUUAAGACUUUGGAAAAUGACGGAUGCAGCAGUAUACCAACAAAUAAUAAGUGCUUAUGCUCAAACCCAAAUGCGCUUGCACAGUAUUUGUGGCAGCGGUGAUUCUUUGUGGAGUUGUUUCUGUUAAUUAAAAAGUACAGAGUCUCGGGAGAGAUAUAAUUUCUUUAAAAGCUGAUGGAAGAAGAAUCUGUGGAACAUUUGAACUUCUUCCACUUCAGUUCUCUGAAUCUGGAUCAGUAAACACUACCCCAGGUUAACUCAAAUGACAGAACAUAGUGUAUUACAAAGACUAUUGCUUUUGUUGGUAUACAAUCUCAUGGCUUUAGGGUGGAAACACU